CGGCGUAAACAAAUACGGUCAUACCAUACUGCAUGAACUUCUGGCCAGGAUCGAGCGGAGGAGCAAGCGGAGCCACAGGAUCCGGAUAAAGAAGUCAUCAUGGCACCACCACCGCCACCACUGUCAAGCAACCACCAUCAACUACUGCAGCAGGCAGCUGCACCACCGCCACCGCCAACGGGGCAAAACAUAGCUCCAUCGGGCGCCUUCCCAGGCUCACUGACACCCGGCUGGAACGAUCCGCCACCGAUAUCGGCGGAUGCCGUGUCCAGCAACGCGAACAAUCGACGGCCACGCCUCGAUCUUCGCAAGCGCGUGGCCCACCCGCUGGACGGACAGUCUGGCGGCCUGCUGGCUCCACUUACGGACGCGGCCUCACCUCGUCCCGUGGCCAUGGUGCCGCCCCAGCGCCAGAUCCCCUAUCCCGAUCCCUACAGCACGGCUGGCGGAGCAGCGGGCGGGGGAUUUGGGGUGGGACCCAAUGCCAAUACGAUGCGACUGCCACCCCUAGCCCAGGCCAUCGGCAUAGAUCCCUCCAAGGUGCCGGUGGCCAUGGUGCCCCCACGGCAGAAAUAGCACGUAGAUAGCCCCAAUUGAGGGCAUAGGCUAGGAACUCGAAAUUACUGUGGUCUCGGGCGGUUGGGAAAAUCCAUAUUUUUCUAUGUUAUCCACUUAAGACACCUUACGAAAUACAAACGCUAAUAGAGGGCUGGAGCCCAAAAACAUGAA